UCUAGUUUUCCCUCUUUCCACUCAUUGCCCUGGAGCCUCCAGCAGCUAACAUGUUGCAUUUUGUGCUGUUUCACUGGAUUAUUAUACACAUCUUUAUAGCCCACGCUGCAUCUGAAACUGUUGUCAGAGGAGUAAUAGGGCAACCUGUUCAGCUGCCUUGCUUCUACCAGGUGGCACGGUACAAGGACAUCUCCGACAUGUGCUGGGGCAGAGGCCCGUGCCCAAAUUCAAAGUGCAAGGACAAAAUUUUGCACACCACCGGGAACAGGGUGACGUUCAGGGUAUCUCAGAGGUACAACCUCAGGGGUUAUAUUUCCUAUGGAGAUGUGUCUCUCAGUAUUGAGAAAGUGACAGCAGAAGAUGCAGGUACAUACUGCUGCCGUGUAGAGAUCCCAGGCUGGUUCAACGACAUCAAGCAGAACAUCCAGCUGGUGGUGGUCAGAGCCCCUCCAGUGAUGACAACCACCACGAGAAAAGCUCCUGUUUCGCCCAAACAAUUUAGGAAAACAACUGUUGCUCCCCAAGCAAUCACUGGUUAUGAAACAACAUCAGAGACUGCUCUCCCCCUGACAACCACCACCCCUUCAACAACAUCUGCAACCACCACGUCUCCAGCAGUAAUGACACUGGAGACCACUGCUCCCCCAGCAUUUGCUGUGACAACAAACAAAGCUUUUAUAGAUACCAUGGUGACAACCAGUGUUCCCCCAGAUUUUUCAUCUGAUUUCCAAGCAACUGACAUGAGGACUGAAGAUGACUCCAUGUUCUCCUCAGAUGCUUCUGUCCCUCUCACAACUGUGACUUCUGAAUUCCCAAGUACAUUUCCAACUGCAGAGGGAACAAGAGGAGCUGACACUUCUCUCAUAGUGGAAGACCUGCCAGCUGCAGGGAUUUCAACAAUUUCAGAUGGCAAGACCAAGAAACAUGAUGAUAAAAGCGAUAAGUUUCCCACCUUUGCCGUUCUCAUUGUCUGUCCCAUAGUGGUGUCCAUUCUUUUCAUAUUGCUGUUCUCAUUUUGGAAACGUAAACACACAAAGAAGUUUGUUAUAAAGAGCCUUGGACCUGCAGAAGGCCUCGAAAAAGUUUUCAGUGGAGCUGAAGGAGAAAACACCAUUUUUUCCCUCUAAAGAGCUCCCACAUCAUCUGUAGAUGCCAUAGAAAAUAAAAAGGGGCUGUUUCAUGAUGUCUUGAGAGAUGCACUGAGCCCUCAACCAAAGCCCAAAGCUUCAACUAUGCAAAUUUAAAGUCUUUGUGCAAAUUUUGCCAUGCCAACUUAAGUAAAAUUUAUUGAAUAUAGAAGCUUCUUUAGGAAGGCACUUUAUACAGUAUUCAUAGGUGUUUCUGGCACCUGCCUUCUUACUGUAUUACAUAUACCAUAGUACAGAAUACAUGUACCAUACAUGUACCACAUUAGAGAACUGCAUCUGGUUUUCUUCAUUUUCACUAAUGCUCUUCCUUGAAUACAACUUACACUGUGAGGAACAGAAAAGGGAAGAAUUAAGGCUGCCUAACUUCAAAUUGCCAAAAAAAAUUAAAAUAAAUCACCAAAUACAAUUUUUAUUGCUUUUAUGUAAUCAAGAAAAAAAUAGGACACAAGAAUGCUGUGAGUAUAAAUCAAAAAUGCCAAUUACUUAUGAGUACAAAUGCUGCUUGUGAUUCAGCAUGUCUGAAUUGCCCUUGGAAACUAUAUUAAUAAACUUUGUAAUUUACUGCUA